AUGACAGGCCCCACCCCCGCCGGACGGCCGUUGGGGCCCCAACCUCCGCGCUUGCGCAUGCGCUCCUGUCUUCCGGAGCCAAGCCAACUGCCCCAACAGACGCCAGGAGCUGUUGGAGGACGGCGGUCCGCGUGCCUGAGAGCCCCGCCCCAGUGGGCGUGCGCAGGCGUGCGCAGGCGUGCAGGCGCGGGGCACGCGGGGAUCUGUUCCAGGAGGUCUCUGCAGGAGAGGAGAGAAAUGCAGGGUCGGGCACGCUACGCAGCAUCUCUGGCGACGCUCCUCGCCGGGAACCUUCGUGACAGUGUCUUCUUAAAACCAGCUCUUAUCGAGCCACCCUAUUCUUUCAGGUGCUUUGAAAUAAAGCCUCAGUCCCACUUGCCCAUUCUCCUCCUCCAUUCACUCCUUUCCUUUGCCUCAACAGCAUGUCCAGUGCUGGGAACGGAUGUGACCAUGAACCCUGGUGCCUCCUUGUCUACUUUCACGGCAGUGCCCUUCCCUCCACCCAUUCCUGGCGCCCAGCACCGGCCACCCUGGCAGCAGCACCUGCCACGUCCCAUCACCCCAGCAUUCCCUCCUGGCAGCAGCCUGCUGCUGCCAGCUUUCCCCAAGACGCCUAUGGUGGCUAAUGGUGGCCGUGGCCCCAGUGCCCCUGGGGCUUGCAACCUCACUGUCCAAGUCAGGUCACAAGGGAGGACAGUGGAGGCCCCCCAGACUCAGACCUUUGUCGUUACUCAGGCCCCCCUCAACUGGAGCGCUCCAGGGGCCCUCAGCAGGAGUGCUGCAUGUCCUGCACCCGAAUUCAUAGCAACCCCUGUGAUGGGGACCGUUGUGACUGCUUCAGCUGUUGGAGUUAGGCAGGCUGGCAAGGGAGGCUGGACCCCAGGCUUUCCUCCUCAAGCUCCACCACCAGCUGCCCAGCUGGCCCCUAUCAUUCGCCCAGUGAACUCUGGGCCAUGGCCCCAUGACACUUCCAGGGAGGGCCGCCUGGCCACCAACCAGUCCAACGCCUCGCAGGAUGGCUCCUCUAACCCCCAGAGAGAGUACAGUAACUUCCGACGUUGGCAGCACAUCAAGCCCCUGGCCCGGAGACACUUUCACCUGAGUCCUGAUGCAGAAGCUUUUUCCUGCUUUCUCAUCCCAGUGCUUCGAUCCGUGGCCCGCCUGAAUCCCAACAUGCCGCUGGAGGAGGGACUGUGGAGGGCCGUGCAGGAAUGGCGGCGCUUGAGCAACCUUGACCGGAUGAUCUACUACGAGAGGGCGGAAAAGUUCAUGGAAUUUGCAGCCGAGGAGGAGAUGCACAUUCAGAAUUUGCAGUGCAUGCAGUGCGCGCAGGACCUGCCUCCUCCAGCCCCACCGAAGCUGGAUCCUCGGGGGCCCCCAGCCCCGCCCUCACCUUCCUUCCCUUCCUCCUGCUCUGCCUCAGCCUGUGCUCCCAGGAUGUCCGGCCCCAGGGCCCAGCCCUCGCACCCGAAGCCACACAGAUCCCAGCGGAACCCGGAGCCCAAGGCGCCCAAGGUGAUUCCCCCUGAGACUGUGAGGGAGUAUGUGGACAGGAUGGAGGCGCUGGCGGGGCACGUCCACUCAGCCACAGGCAAGUCACCUGCAGAAUGUGGAAAGGACGGAAAUGAGCUGAACCAGGAAGAGGACGACACCUACUUGGACCCGUGUCUCUUGAGCUGCAUUGACGAGCUGCGUUCCCGGGAAGACUCUGUCACCAAGGUGGAGGCAGUCAUUCACCCUCGAUUCCUGGCAGAAUUGUUUUCCCCAGACCCACAGCUGGAUGUCUUGGCCCUUGCUGAGGAGCUGAAGCAGGAGGAAGGACUCACCCCUGAAGAACUGGUGCAGAAACGAGUCCUGGCCUUGAAAGAGGAGGAAGGUGGGCCUGCAGCCCCGAGCCACAGUGCACCCGGAAUGGGCUCAAGUCCAUCUGAGUCCCACGCCGGCCAAGGUGCC